AUGUCUUCGUGGAGCAUAUUUGAUGGUUUUCUACCGGGGACAGCUGGAUCUGAUGUCUGCGAGGCGAAUUAUGCUCUCACGAACUGGAUUGCUGAAUUUUUCAACACGGUCAGCAACAUCCCCUUCUUCGUCCUCCCGCCGCUACUGGCCUACCUCAACUGGCAGUAUGCAGUCAGAGUCACCAAGGCAUCAAACGUGGUCUGGGCGAUCCUCUGCAUCAUCGGCGCGGGCUCCGUCUACUUUCACGCCACCCUGAGCUUCGUCGGGCAACUUCUCGACGAGCUUGCAAUAAACUGGGUCCUCGUGGCCUGCGUGGUGCUUUGGUAUCCAGAGCAACAACUACCAGAACGAUUUAGAAAUAAAAGGCGAAUCUUCAAUAGCGUGGUGCUCGGUGCAGGUCUCUUUAUGUCCCUUUUAGCAUUCUGGCAGCCGCAAUUCAACGCAUUAUUUUUAGUCGCAUUAGGAAUCCCAGUGGCUUAUACGGUCAUUGUAGAAGUCAACAGGUACAGCAAGUGCUUGCGACUGAAGUCCCUCGGAGUCCAAAUGUUCGUCUACUGGGUGCUCGGCUUGACGUGCUGGCUUAGUGAUAAAUUCCAAUGCCACCAUUGGCAAAGUAUAGACUUUCCGUACCUCCAUUGCAUGUGGCAUGUCUUUAUAUGCCUGGCCGGUUGUAUCACGGUGGUGAUUUGUAUAUUUUUUGACUCCAUGGCUGUGAUAUCCGAACAGAAACCUGUGAUCAAGUUCUGGCCUAAAGACAAUUGGCAAUACUUAGGUGUUCCGUAUGUGGGAUUCAAGCCCGGUCCAUUCGUGUGAUCAUGGAUGGUACUCAGCUAUAUACUGUGUCGACGUAAUUAAGCCAAUUGAGAUGCGCCUGUACAAAAUACCUAUUCCGUGUAAUUGGACUAUGUGUUACAGCGGCUCACCCGGCUUAUAGCGUAGCGUCGACACAGCAUGUUAAGAUAGCAAUGGAGAGACCCAGAUUAAUUUGAAGAGACAAUGCUCACCCGGUGAUUUCUAACUUGAUGGAAGACAUAUUGAUGACGAGUCGGAUGGAAUGCAGCUCGCGUGGGCAUCGCAGGAAAAUCUGUCGGAGGACAGAGUGUCCCAGGGACAUGAGGUAUGCGGUAUUAAAGGUCUUUCCUGUGAACCAUUAUACCUUAAUACCAUCACUGUACAAUGAAGAAGGAUACCGCUUUCAGGGGGACAUUUAAAACUGCUACACUAGUGUUGUUGAGAUGAUCAGCACGGACACGGAUGUAUAGCACAUACACCCGUGGUGGGGAAGACUUCUUCAUUAUUUCAAGCCAAAAAGUACACGGCAUCAUCAUACAAUGUAAUGGUGGUGAUCGUUUCAGUACCGGUAGACACGAAUGGAGCGUAAACCAGUCGUAGGGAGGGGUCCUUCGGAUCCCUUUAGCGAUGGGGAGUUUAUAAAUCGGUAUGAUAUAGCAAUAGCAUCCCUCCCUAUUGAAACUGGAACAUUUUUGACUGCUCGUCUGAAGCUGACAUGUUAGUUUCAUGUUGUUGAGAUGAUCAGUGGGGAAGAUGAUGACUUAUGUGAGCCUCAUGGUCGUAUCCGUCCGUUCUAGUCUGACGUACGAUAUUGUUGUACACAAACCAGAUUUUUGAUAUUAAAGGUACAAGGUAUUUUAAUUAAAGGUACCUGUAGACCUACAAGAUAUCAAAUGACGAUUUAUACAUCAACAUCAUCUUGUUCUGAAAGUUUUGUACAUCUUUAUGUAAUGGUAAGGUUUAUAAAAUAAU